UGAAUCGGGUGCCAAAUGGACGCCGCGCUUCCCUUCCCACCCGCAGGCAUCAAAACGUGGUCAGUCGCCCCCACCGCGCAAAAGGUCUCCGCUAUCCUCUUCCCCUCCCUGUCUCCCUCGUCGGCGCUCCGCCCGCUUCGUGUUCCCUGCGUUCGCCGCGCGCGCGAUCGAUGGCGUCCGGCGACAGCAAGCCGAGGAGCGAGGAGGAGUGGCGCGCCGUCCUCAACCCCGAGCAGUUCCGCAUCCUCCGCCUCAAGGGCACCGAGUCAGUAUAUAUACUUUCUGCCAUCUCUCGAUCCGCCAGUUUGUUCCUCGAGUGUAUGCCAUGCGUGUUUGGCCGAUUUUGAUGUUGGCGCCUUGGCCAUCGAUUGGUUGCCGGGAACAGGCGAGUACAACAAGUUCUAUGGUGACGGGGCGUACAACUGCGUUGGCUGCGGAACGCCCCUGUACAAGUCCACCACCAAAUUCGACUCCGGCUGCGGCUGGCCGGCCUUCUUCGAAGGACUUCCUGGAGCCAUACACCGGACGCCUGACCCUGAUGGUAGGAGGGUUGAGAUCACAUGCGCAGCUUGCGGUGGGCAUUUGGGCCAUGUGUUCAAGGGAGAAGGCUUCAAGACGCCUACCGAUGAGCGCCACUGCGUCAACAGCGUUUCCAUCAAGUUUACUCCUGCCUCCUCCUGAAUCCGGUUCUCGAGUCAUUUGGAUGAACUUGUGAAAACAAAUGCAUAAUAAUGAUUAGGUUCCAGAAUCCGUUUUCUCGGAGUUGUGUGGAUGAAUUCCCCUGGUCCGAAACUGCGGAAAGCGGGUAAAUAAAAUAUUGUCUUGCAAGUUUCUACUGUUAA